AUGCCACUGCCCCCAGCGGUUAUGCCGCUGCUCCCUCCUCUCACCUGCCCCAUACAGACCUACCUAUCCCAGUUUCCACCUCCCCCAGGUCCCACAUGGGCCAUCAUGGCCUCGACAGUUGUAAGGCCCAAAGUCCGUCCCCAGCAGCACCUUGUGCCACACAAACGCCUCCCUUAUCUCCUGUGCCUGCUGCCACUCAGAGAUGCUAGUGCUGCUGCUGCUGUUGUUGUUGCUGUCAGGGGUGGUGGUGGCGGUGCUGCUACUGCUGCUGCUAGUGCCGCUGCUGCUGCUAGCGCUGCUGCUGCUGCUACUGCUGCCGUAGCUGCUACUGCCGUCGUAGCUGCUGCUGCUGUCGUAGCUGCUGCUGAUCUUGCUGCUAGUGCUGCUGCUGCUGCUGGCAGGUGUGCUGGUAGCAGUAGAGGAGGAGGAGGAGGGUGGGGGGAAGAAGCGGAUGGAGGUGCUGAUGGUGGAAGGGGAGAGGAUAGACCCGGUGACUGA